AUUUAAUGCAAAAACACGGGGCCAGACGAAUGCACAGUCCGUACUUUUAACGUAAAUAUAUCCAUUCACCAUGCUUGAGUGCACCUGCGCGUAUUUGGAUGAAUGGUUCUUGAUCGUCGGAGACAGUUGCAUUGUUUGUUUUCUAUUUUUACUUUUUCACAAUAAACUUUUAACUGUGACGCGCAAAGUGUAUUAAAAAGCUGCAAACUGGCUUUGAGAAAAUCCUGCAACAAUAAUUCGUCAAGGAUAAAUCCAUAUUCGCAGAAUAUAAAUCCUGAAACCAUGGAAAGUUCUGGCGAUGGGUUUGAUACUAUGAAAAAUCUCAUUGUAAAUUACUUGCCUCCAACUUUUAGUCAAGACGACGUUAAAAUGAUGUUUAGUAGGAUUGGACCUGUAUCGAAUUGCAAGUUGAUUAGAAACCGUGAAAAUGGACAAAGUUUGGGUUAUGCUUUUAUUGAAUAUCCUGACGAAAGAUUAGCAGCAGAAGCAAUUUCACAAAUUGAUGGUGUAAAAUUGCAAGGCAAAACAAUAAAGGUUAGCUAUGCACGACAGUCAUCUCCAGAAAUUAAAAAUUCAAAUGUUUAUGUUGCUGGUCUGCCAAGUACUGUUACAGAAGAUGAACUUUUAGCAUUAUUUUCACCUUUUGGAAAUGUACUUACACACAAAUUGCUAACCAACCCAGAUAAUACAUCACGAGGUGUUGGUUUUGUUAGAUAUUCAUUAAAAUCUGAGGCACAAAAUGCAAUAGAUUCCAUGUCUGGAAAAACACUGCAUAAUGCUCAAAACGUAUUAACAGUCAAAUUAGCAAUCCCACCAGCUUCAAAGCAACAACAAACAGGUGUACACAGUAGUGCCAUCAACAGUAGCUCUUUGGCAGCAAUUGGUCGUGGUAAUCUCCGUUUUAAUCCACUAGCUCCAUCAAACCAAUUAGCUUUAAGUCAAGUAACCCAUUUACCACCACCUAAUGCAAUGCCACUUGGUAUGGAGACAUCAAGUACGGCUGCUUUAACAGGGAUGCUUUCAGGUGGUAUUCAUAGUUCCAACACAUCAGGAUUAUCAAGUAUGAUUGCAAACCCUGCUCAGGUUAACCUAAACAGUCAAGUUUUUAGUUUGUAUGUUUACGGCUUGCAGCCCACACACACAGAAUUAACUUUAUAUGAACUGUUUGCUCCAUUUGGCGGUAUCUUGAAUGUAAAAUUAAUCCGGGACCUAACAAAGGAUGAUAAACCAUGUAAAGGUUUUGGAUUUGUAAAUUUCCGCAAAUACGAUGAAGCAUUAACUGCGGUUACAACAUUGAAUAGCUGUCCUUUUGAAGGAAAAAAUUUGCAAGUUUCAUUUAAGCAAAAUAAAACUCUGAAUAUUGGUGCACCAAAUAUUACCACACCAUUGCCUCCACAAUCUGUCAGUGUUUCAUAUAGCAGUAAUUUACCAAGCACACAAAGUACCAGGCCUGCUAACUACACUCCGUAUAGCUCUGGAUAUACUAAUGGUUUGUAUGCUGGUCUUACUGGAUACAAUGCAAUGAUGCGAUAAAAUCGACAAGAUAAUUUCCUAAACUGUUUUAUUAUGAUAAAGAUAAUAUGAAAUUGGAGAAAAAAGGUAACCAGGGUUCUUACAAUCUAACUUGUGUAAGUUAAAGAUUUGCACCAGUUUGCACAUUUAAUAUUAAUAUUUUAUUUUUUAUUAAUAUUAUGAUUAUUAUGUAUGUAUUACGUUGACUUAUUGUGUUAUUAUUAAUAUUUCAUUUUUUAUUAAUUUUAGUAUGCAAAUUGACUGGAGAAGUUAUAUAGUAUAUAUAUAAGGUUUACAAAUAAAAAGUGGUUAAAAUUUUAAAAUAAUUUUCAACUUCAUUAAAAAGAUAUAAUGCUUCGAAUUUUAAAUUUCUGACCGAGGACAACAGGAUAAAAUAUUAUUCAUGCUAUAAUUUCGUUAUUAUGUCUCCUUUAUGCAAGUUUUUUUUAUAUUAAUGCUCAUGCUUUUUUUUUGUCUUUCUAUCAAUACUGCAACCCUCUUUCCAGUUUUUUUAUAUGAUAAUACUAACUCUUUUAUUUCAGGAAUUUCAAAUUAUUCAUUGUGUUAAGUUUGUUUGAGUUUUUAGUGUACUUUAUUCAGAGAAACUUUUGCAAACAAAACACAAUUUUUGUGAUUUUUAGCCCUGAAAAAACAAUUCGUGAAAGCGUACUAAUUUUUUUAAGUGUUAAAACUUUCCUAAAGGCUUUGCCCUUAAAUAAUAGUCAAAUUUUUCUCAAAAUACACGUAUUUACAUGGACCUUUAAACAGUAUUCAACAACAGUUUCUGGCCAAAAGGUCAAAACGAUCUUUAAAAAAUAUAUACCAUAGAACUCUAUAAUAUUAAUAUCAUUUUGCAGAGAUCACUUUAAGGAGACAAAAAAUAUAAGUUGUUGAUUUACUUAUUUCUGACAUAAUAUGGUGUAAAUAAAAAAAAGAUCCAUCCACUGUGGGACCUUAAAUUGCAAACAUUGAGCUUCAUUUGUGGAAGCUUUCUAGUUUCAGAUAUGGCAAAAGUUUUUCUCCUAAAUCUUUCCAUUCAUGAAAGUUUAUCCCAGUUGCUUAACAAGUUGUGGUUUUUAACAAUGUCCUCGACUAAAUAUAUUUUUAAAAAUAAAGCAAAUUUUAAUUAUUUGCAUAAAUCUAUUUUGGACAUUUUUGCCAUUUGUAUUUUUUGGACAAGGAUAACUCGUUAACCAGGCUCUAGACAAAAAGUAUUUUGAAAUAGUAUAGAACAGGGAAAAUAUAUAUGGUAAAUUAUAUCUAUAUCCCUCAGAUGAAGGGAUGCAGAUUUGCAGUUUCUUUAUUUUUAUUCUUAUUUUAAGUAAUAUCAUUUUUCUUAUUUGUUAUGAAAUAUAUUCUGUUUAUAUGUUUA